AUGAGCGUCUCCGACUUUGAGUUGUCGAUCGAGUCGGAAGGACCUAGCGCGCCUUCUCGCUCGCGCUCUGUGAGCACACGUCCUAAGGCCCGGAAAACUUCGAGAGCCCGGUCACUGUUCAGGCCUGCCGCCGACUUCGCGGAUGCAGACGCAGAAGCGGAGCCGACGACCGCGGAAGAGGUACCUCCAGCAGAGCCCGUCGCGACGACCUCGACAUCCAGGCAGUCCAGUGUACAGGUUCAAACAAAGUCAGACUCUGUGACAGAGGAGGUGGACACCAGACACGCGAGGGCCAAGUCUGCCAGGCCAGCACCGACUCAAAAACGGCGCAAGGAAGCCACGGGCGGGCCCAUCAAGAAGCGCCCCAGGGUGAUCCUCUCGGAUGACGAGUCUGACGAGGAGGAAACGCCCGCUCCGGGACCCGUGCGCAAUAACGUGAAGUCGCAGGCGCAGGCUGUGGCGCACACACAGGCGGAGAGUAGCGAGAAGGAGAACGAGCACCGCGCGACUAAGGCGGAGGGCAAAAAGUCGGCUCUGGUCAAGAAGAAACGGAGAGCGAAGGAUGACGAGGAGGAGGCUAAAGCCGAAGUUGACAGCAAGACGACAUCGCUUCCGUCGAAGGCUCGUAAAGCUUGCGCGUCCGAGGCAAAAUCGUCUGCUCAUCAACCGAUCGCUGUACCCGCCCGCGAGAUCGACCUGACAUCGCUUCCGCUUCCCCUGCAGGAGAUGCAGGGCAUGCUCAUCGAGUCCCUCGCUACUUCUCGCGCUUCGUCGCUACCCGCGUCCUCUCUGUAUACAGCGCUGAUGUCCAGUCGACCCGCGCUGAAGGAGUACCAGAGCUCCAAGCACGAGGGCCUGAUGGACAAGAAAGAGUGGAUGGGCAUCAUCGAGGACGUGCUCGAGGUUGGGUGGGCGUCCAGCGGUGUCUUCGAUAAGGUGGAGAGUAGCGUCAAGGACACCGACCAUCAGCUGGAAGCUCAGUGGUUCUACGUGCCGGAGAAGGACGAGGACCAAGAGCGCGCGACCCUCAUCCGGAGCAUGAUGCCGCGCCCCGGGAAGCGUAGCGAGACGAAGAAAUCCAAGCAGUAUUACUGGCGCCCUCUGGGCAAGAUCUCGAAGUGGGAUCCCGAGGACGAUUUGUAG